AUGGUGGACGGUACGAAGCUUCCCAUCCACGGUGAAACUUCCCUGCAGCUGCAUAUAGGUGCGUUGAGAUGGAAGCCGAAGUUACCAGUCACCAACAUCAAGGGGUUAGAUUUCAUCUUGGGUAGAGAUUUUCUGAAGCGGUUCAACCUUGAGAUUGAUUGGGUCAACAGAAAAGUGUGCAUCUACAACAACGGGAAGCGGAUAGAGCUACGAAGCUGGACAGAUACAGGGGAUGUUCCUGAAACAACACUGGCACGGUUCGAACGGACGGUGAACGAGAGUAACACGGGUUACUUAGCACUGGUCAUGGCAGCAGCAGAGGAGGAGAAGCCGAGUUCGGAGCUACCUGCAGCAGUAAAGGAGGUCUUGGAGCAGUACAAGGAUAUAAUGCCCGACGACCUACCUGCAGGCGUAUCUCCAACACGCACCCACGAGCAUGAGAUCAUGGAGGAACCAGGUGCGAAACCCGUCUCACGUGCACCAUACCGACUGAGUCUGACCGAAGUGACAGACAUGAAGAAGCAGAUAGAAUAUUUACUGGACAGACAACUGAUCCGCCCAUCCACCUCUCCCUACGGUGCACCAGUUCUCUUCACUCCAAAACCAGACGGCAGUCUAUGGAUCUGCAUCAAUUACCGCGCACUGAACAAACAGACAGUUAAAAAUAAAUACCCCAUACCGCGCAUAGACGAUCUACUGGACCAACUGCGUGGUGCUACAGUCUUUUCGAAGCUGGACCUAUGGUCGGGUUACUGGCAGAUCAAAAUGGCGGACAACUCGAUCCACAAGACGGCGUUCCGUACCAGAUACGGCUCCUACAAAUACUUGGUGAUGCCGUUCGGACUCUGCAACGCACCAGCGACGUUCCAGGCGGAGAUGAACCAUAUCCUACGGCCCCUGCUGGACGAGUGCGUAGUGGUGUACCUGGACGACAUACUCAUCUACUCCAAAAGCAUGAAGGAGCACGUGGAGCAUCUGCGAAAGACGUUUGAGAUCCUGCGGAAAAAUAAGUUCUACGUGAAGCUGUCAAAGAGCGACUUCGCCCUGAAGAAGGUGCAGUUUCUCGGGCACAUGGUGAGUGCGGAGGGCGUACACGUGGACCCGCGGAAGAUUGAAGCUGUUAAAAAGUGGAAAGUAACGAAGAACCAAGCUAUGGAACAGCUAAAAACAGCACUAACCACAGCACCAGUACUCAUCCUACCGGAUCCAGACAAGGACUACGUAGUGGCAGCAGACGCUAGUGACCAGGCAGUCGGAGCAGUACUGAUGCAGGAUCACGGACGCGGUUUACAGCCUAUUGCCUACCUCAGUAAGAAGCUACACGGAGCAGAACUGAACUACCCCAUUCACGACAAGGAAGUGUUAGCCAUAGUCAUAGUCUUCAAGGCGUGGAGGUGUUAUCUAGAGGGAGCCAAGACCACAGUUUACACUGACCACUGCAGUCUCAAAUACCUCAAGUCGCAGCCGACGCUCUCACGACGACAGUUACGGUGGGUUGAUUUCUUAGAGACCCACUUCCACUACGACAUCGUCUACAAACCCGGGCUCCACAACAAAGCUGACGUGUUGAGCCGCCCCGGUCAUGUAGCAGGCAUCCAACUCGACGGGAUGAACCCUCUGCUCAAGGGUCUAUUCCAACAUGGGUACUCCGUGGACGCAGAGAUAGCAACGGCAGAGAAACAGAAGCUGUUACAGUGGGAGAAAGACUUAGCGGUAAGGAAGGGUUCAGGAAAGAUUUGGGUACCGAACUACGCCCCGCUACGACAGAUCCUUCUAGUGGAGUUUCACGACGUACCAUAUGCGGGACAUUUCGGGAGCAACAAGACGUUAGCGGGAAUAGAAAAAUAUUACUAUUGGCCCCAGAUGGCAGCAGACGUGCAGCAGUUCGUCACCUCAUGCGAUUUUGGUGUAAGGGCCUAA